GCCAUUUUGAUUCAAACGAAAGAGGUCUUCGACCUUAAAAACUAUUCACCAACCCUGCGUCUUUAACUUAAAAUUACUGAUAACCAGAAAGGCGUUUUCUUAAUCAAAGAUAUUCAGAAUAAUGGCAAGCGGCUUGGUCAUAGCAGAUACCAAUGUCAAUUCUGAGCAUUCUGGAGAUGAGAGCGAAGACGAUGAUGAUGUUGUUGAACAGAGCCCUUGUGGUCGAUGGGAGAAACGUCGUCAAGAGGUGAUGCAGCGUGAUGUACCAGGUAUUGACCACGCCUACCUGGCAAUGGAUACAGAAGAAGGAGUAGAAGUAGUAUGGAAUGAGGUGCAGUUUUCAGAGCGAAAGGAUUUCAAAAGUCAGGAGAACGAGAUUGGUGUUCUUGGUUGGAUGGUACCUAACUCAGAUGAGGAAACUAUCAAGAAAGUGUUUGAAAACCUUAUCCAGCUUGAUCAUCCCAACAUUGUUAGUUUUCACAUGUUCUGGACAGAUGUACAGCCAGAUAAGGCGCGUGUUAUCUUCAUUACUGAGUACAUGACGUCGGGAUCACUCAAGCAGUUUCUGAAGAAGACACGAAAAAAUGAUUACAAGACUCUUAACGAAAAGGUAUGGAAGAGAUGGUGUCUACAGAUUUUGUCGGCAUUAAGUUACCUCCACAAUUGCGAUAUUCCUAUAGUUCAUGGUAAUCUAUCUUGUGAUACGAUAUUCAUCCAACAUAAUGGCUUGAUCAAGAUUGGUUCAGUUGCUCCAGACACCAUCCAUAAUCAUGUGAAGACGUGUAGGGAAGAGAGAAGAAAUAUGCAUUUUAUUGCACCUGAAUAUGGUAAGCCUGGUCAUGUUGUUGAUUGUGCUGUUGAUGUUUAUGCUUUUGGAAUGUGUGCAUUAGAGGAUUUCAUAAACAGGUGCUUAGCAGAAGACCCUGCCGAAAGACCAAAUGUCCUUCACCUCCUUCUAGAUCCAUGUUUAUUUGAGGUUCAUUCUCUAAAGCUUCUGGCAGGAUAUUGCAUGGUUGAUAAUGAUGUUGCAACACCAGAUAAUAGAGAAAAUGCAGACCAUGAAAAGGUUGUAGCAACUUACAAAGCAAGAGAUGGCACUAUCAAGGAAUUCAAACAAGAAAAUAGCCCUGCUCUUGAGAUAGAAAAGUUUUUAGAGGAAGUCAGGAAUGGUUUAUAUCCAUUAACUGGUGUGGAGAAAAAAAAGAAGAAUCUAACCCCAAGGCAAAGACCCAAGUCUCCAGACAGUGUUCAAGCUGAGCAGAAAAAAAAUGAGACAGAAACCUAUGAUGAAGAGAGUAGAAGGUAUACCAAUAUGAAUUGUGAGAUGAAGGCAUUAGAAAGUGGUGAUGGAAAACAGCUCGUGCUGAGCCUUAAAUUUGGUGAUCGAAUGAAAAGAGUACUAACAUGCGACGUUAAACAGGGUGAAGACGCAAGUGGCCUUGCCAAUGAAUUAGUUCAAUUUGGGUUCAUUAAUCACAUGGAUCGUGACCUUAUCGCUGCUGACUUGGAAAAUAAGUUGGCUGCAAGCCGAAACGUGGAAAGUCAAUCGAAAUAAAACCAACACGAGAUCGAGUGCAAGACUUGGUUAAUAAGAAUUGUAUCAUAUAUAUAUAUAUAAAUAUCAAUGGAGUUAAAACGAUACUGAAAGAACUCAGAAAAAGUCUUAGUUCAGAUUGGAACCAGACAUUCUGCGCCGUUACCAUCUUGAACACAUAUUUUUUCGAUUCUUUUUUGUUUCCUUUUUAUCUUUUUUCGGUAUCGUUUUAACAUUUACAUUCAAAGGACUUGUUUAAUAAGAACCGCGCUAUGUGAUAUGGGCAUUCAUAUUACUUUYCUUUAUGCAAUUACAAAUUAUGUUGUACAUAGACUAUAGAAUAUAGAUAAAAGGAUACAUUGAUAAAAUUAUUUUCCACUUCAAAGUGGAAACGAAAGGAUACGAUUGUAAAUAUUAUUGAGUAUUAUUACUUUGGAAWGUGAAAAAACGUUUAUAAAUGCAGUUAUUAUUUGAAUAAAUUUCAUUAGAUUAAGUU